AUGACCAGUCCUCAAUCCAACAACAAACUCGUCGCUAUCACCGGAGCCUCCUCUGGCAUCGGAGCAGCCACAGCCAUUGCUCUCGCUUCGAAGGGUUACAAACUCCUUCUCUUGGCCCGUCGUGUGAACAUGCUCCAACAGUUGCUGGAAGACCAAUCCAAUGCUUUGUCACCAGAGAAUACUCUCAUUGUGGAAUGUGAUGUAACCGAUGUGGAUUCAAUCGCGAAAGCAGUCCAGCUCUCUCACGAAAAGUUCCAUCUUCCCAUUGAUUGUCUUGUCAACAAUGCUGGCGUCAUGUUUUUGCAAUCAUUGGCUGAACAAUCCUUGCAAAGGCAGCAACAAAUGUUUUCAACCAAUGUGAUGGGAGUCCUGAAUGGUAUUCAUGUCGUCUUGCAAGAUAUGAUCGAAAGACAACAAGGAACAAUUAUCAAUAUUAGCUCCAUUGCAGGAAAGAAGAGUUUUGCUAAUCACGUAGCGUACUGUGGAACCAAAUUUGCUGUAAGUGGAUUGACAGAAGCACUGAGAAGCGAAGUGAGCUCUUCAAAAGUGAGAGUGAUUGUCAUUGAGCCUGGGGUGACACAAACUGAGUUGUUGGGCCACAAUGAUCCAGCUCAAGUCGAACCCUAUGAAGAAUGGAAAAAGACAAUGAGUUUGGGAGUGUUGAAAGCAGAGGAUGUUGCUUCAGCGAUUUUAUUUGCCUAUGAGGCACCUCCUCAUGUUUGUGUGAGAGAAAUUGCAUUGGCUCCAACUGAGCAGAAAGAUUAA